AUGAUGCAUCAUCCGAAUAUGCACCAUCAACCGAUGUCGGGACAUCCGCCCCAACAUCUUCCGACCCACCAAGGCAUGCCUGCACAUCAUCAGAUGCCGCCGCAUCAAAUACAUAGAGAGAACAGGCACGUAACAUUAACUAGAGUGACACUGGGUCCGUCAGCGGCGGGCGGCAGCAUGGGUGGGCAUGGUCAGAUGAGCGGCAUGGGAACCAUGACCGUGGCACCGCACCAUGCUGCCGGUCAAAGACCGCCUCACGCCAUUCGCGCCAUGCAUCAUCCGCAAGCACAACAUCAUAAUAUGCCACCGCCCCAAAGUCGCACGCUCCGUCGGCCCUACAUGAGCAGCGGAUACGGCGGCGUGCCCGGAUACGUGCCGCCGCCGCACGCGCACGCAGAACACAGCGCUCACACCACACAUCAGGCUCCUGGUCUGUGCAGGCCACCUUCUCCUAUUCGGCCGAUGCAGCCAAAGCUAAGUUCAGAUUUUGUAACAACAAUGACUGCGACGGCAAGCGUGUCAGUGACCACCGAUCAGUCGCAAGAAGAGAUCGUGAGCGUGAGCGUAAGCGCGAGCGGAGCGGAUGCGGAGAGCGACAAGGAGCAGGCGGCGGGCGAGAGCGAGGCGCCCCGCCCGUCGCCUGCACAGGCCAACAGUAAAGAGAAGACGCCCAUGUGCCUGGUCAACGAAUUGGCCAGGUACAAUAAGAUUAAGCAUCAAUAUCGCCUCACAUCAGAGACAGGACCCGCUCACAAAAAAAUAUUCACUGUAACACUUCGCUUGGGUGAUACUGAGGAAUACACCGCUGAGGGGUCCUCUAUAAAGCGAGCGCAGCACGCGGCAGCAAGCGCGGCCUUAAGCGGCACUCGCUUUCCGCCGCCACCGCCAAGGGCCGCUCCCACUCACGCUUCACAUUCGCAUCAUCACAGGCAUGCUGGCGCAGUAAUGCCAACGGUGGAACUAAACGCGCUGGCCAUGAAGCUGUGCAAGCCCGCCGUGUACACAUCGGUUCCACCAGUACCCGCCCCUCGGCCAAGAGCUCGCCUGCCUCCACCCUACCGCCUGCCCUUCUUGCCGCCUUACCCGCACCCGCCUAGGCUUAUGGAGCCCGGACCGCAGCUGCUCUAUAGAUUCCGUGUAUGCGUGGGCGAUCGUGCGUGGUUGGGUGAGGGCAGUACGCCUCAAGCAGCCAGACACGAUGCCGCCGCUCGGGCCUUGGUCGACCUUAGGCCUCAACAUCACGAAACACCGCCACAGCAUCCGGAUACACCUGGAGAAAGCGAAGCAGAUCUCCUCAACUCGGAUGUGAAGUCCCCAGUCUCUUUGGUCCACGAGUUGGCUCUCAAGAGGAAUCUCAACGUCACAUUUUCCGUAAAAUCGGAACGCGGACCGCCGCAUAUGAGGGUUUUCAUAACGAUUUGCAAAGUGGGCGAAAUGGAGACUGAGGGUGAGGGAAAUGGUAAGAAAGUGUCGAAGCGUCGCGCAGCUGAGCGGAUGCUGGAGGAGAUGCGCCGGCGCUGGCCCGCGGCUGCCUUGCGCACGAGGCCCGCUGUGGACAAGCGACGACAUCCCCCUGCUAAGAAGAAGCCACGGAAUUUGAUUAAGGAAGGGGCUACGGGCGAUACAUCAGAGACGGGCGGUGGUGGUGGGGCCCCAGACAAUCCGAUAUCUAGAUUAGCGGUCGCAAGGCAUGCUGUUAGGGCCCGAUCGCCCCAAUACCGCGUCUUGGAGGAACGUGGGGCCGCCAGACGACGCGAGUUCCUGGUACAGUGUGAUGCUCCACCGCAUAGUGCCACGGGUUUGGGGCCCAAUAAGAAGACUGCGAAGCGACGGGCUGCGCAUAAUGUACUUUUGGCAAUGGAAAUGGCGAAUGGCGGUGAACCGGGUUCAUUGACCUCUACAACUGAGCCUACAACCAACGGGGAUGUGAAACCUGCUACUGAUGGAAAACGGAAGGAUGAAACUAGUGGUGACAUGCGACAACCAGUACCAGGAGUUUUGAUGGUGGAUUACCACGCUAGAUCUGGUCAACCAGUGCAGACCAAUGGAGUAAAGGCGAGCGAGAACAGCGCUUUAGGUGGAAGUGGGGGAAACACGCCAGGCGCUAAAGAUCAGCUGAUGUACCUGGCACAGCUCUUGGGCUUCACUGUACAAUUCUCCGACUUCCCGAAGCGCAACCACGGCGAGUUCCUGUCUCUGGUGUCUCUGUCAACGGAGCCACCCGUGAUGUGCCACGGGGGAGGGGCGUCCACGGCGCAUUCGCAUGAGCAGUGCGCUCUGGCGGCCUUGCGCGCCCUCGCCGGCAUGGGGUUGGAUGCGCCUGCGCAGGCUCCCACUGCACAAUUGCAGAAUAGCGGUAUAUCGAACGCCAAAAGCAACGCGAUCAACGGCAUGGCCGAGUGA